AAAUUACCCACACCAUUCCAAUCAAACAUAGCUCUCUUCAAUGGAUGAGCCUAAUAAUGCCUGCACCAUGCAUUCUUCACAUUGCAUAGUAGAAAUGGCCAUGGAAGUACACCAAGUUGUUCCACCACCCCACAAGAGCACCUUGCACAAGCUCAAGGCUAGGCUCAAGGAAACGUUCUUCCCUGAUGAUCCUCUGCGCCAAUUCAAGGGACAAACACUCAAGAACAAACUAGUCCUUGGAGCUCAAUAUGUGUUCCCUAUUCUUCAAUGGAGUCCUAGCUAUAGCUUCAAACUCUUCAAAUCUGACCUUAUUUCUGGUCUCACCAUUGCUAGCUUGGCUAUCCCACAGGGAAUCAGUUAUGCUAAGCUUGCAGACCUUCCUCCAAUUGUGGGACUCUAUUCUAGCUUUGUUCCACCACUGAUUUAUGCUGUUCUUGGAAGCUCAAGGGACCUAGCAGUAGGACCUGUUUCAAUUGCUUCUCUUGUGAUGGGAUCCAUGCUGAGGCAGGAAGUGUCUCCCACUGGAGAUGCAAUUCUGUUUCUUCAACUGGCUUUUACUUCAACCUUCUUUGCUGGUCUUUUUCAAGCUUCUCUUGGAAUCCUAAGGCUAGGAUUCAUCAUUGAUUUUCUAUCUAAGGCAAUCCUCAUUGGGUUCAUGGCUGGUGCUGCUAUAAUUGUCUCACUGCAACAGCUCAAGAGCCUCCUUGGAAUCACCCAUUUCACUGCACAGAUGGGGUUGAUUCCUGUUAUGAGUUCUGUUUUUAACAAUAUACAUGAGUGGUCCUGGCAAACUAUACUGAUGGGAAUUUGCUUCAUGGUGCUGCUAUUACUAGCAAGACACGUUAGCAUAAGGAGACCAAGGCUAUUCUGGGUCUCAGCUGGAGCUCCUCUUAUGUGUGUCAUCAUCUCUACUCUUCUGGUUUUUGCAAUAAAGGGUCAAAAGCAUGGCAUCAGUGUAAUUGGAAAAUUACAAGAAGGAAUAAACCCUCCUUCAUGGAAUAUGUUGCGCUUUCAUGGAAGUCAUCUUGGUCUCGUCGUGAAAACCGGCAUUAUCACUGGCAUUUUGUCCCUCACUGAAGGUAUUGCAGUAGGAAGAACAUUUGCUGCACUAGGAAAUUACAAAGUGGAUGGAAAUAAAGAAAUGAUGGCUAUUGGGUUUAUGAAUGUGGUUGGCUCCUUCACUUCCUGCUAUGUUACAACAGGUGCUUUCUCUCGCUCAGCUGUUAAUAACAACGCAGGUGCGAAAACAGCAGUGUCAAAUUUAGUGAUGUCUGUGACGAUCAUGGUGACACUCCUUUUUCUGAUGCCGUUGUUCCAAUACACGCCUAAUGUUGUGUUGGGUGCAAUCAUAGUCACAGCAGUGAUUGGCCUCAUUGAUAUCCCUGCUGCUUGUUACAUUUGGAAGAUUGACAAAUUCGAUUUCCUGGUCAUGUUAACUGCUUUCUUGGGUGUUCUUUUCAUCUCAGUUCAGAAAGGACUUGCUAUUGCAGUUGGGUUAUCAGUUUUAAAGAUACUCCUGCAAAUUACAAGGCCUAAAACAGUAGUGUUGGGGAAGAUACCAGGGACAGAAAUAUAUAGAAAUCUUCAUCAAUACAACCAAGCUGUAAGAAUACCAGGAUUUCUUAUUUUAAGCAUUGAGGCUCCAAUCAAUUUUGCCAACAUCACAUAUCUCAAUGAGAGGACAUUACGAUGGAUUGAGGAAGAAGAUAAUAAAAAGGAGCCCUUGAACCUUCGAUUUUUAAUCCUGGAAAUGUCAGCUGUGAGCGCCAUUGACACAAGUGGAAUCUCAUUUUUCAAGGAGUUCAAAUCAACAAUGGAAAAGAAGGGUGUUGAGCUUGUGUUGGUGAACCCUCUUGCUGAGGUCAUAGAAAAGCUGAAAAAAGCAGAUGAAGCUAAUGAGUUCAUAAGAGAAGAUAACCUUUUCUUGACAGUUGGAGAGGCAGUAGCUUCACUUUCAUCAGAAAUGAAGGGUUAAUCAACAACCGCAGAAGAAGCACAUAUAGUUGUGUCACAUUACUGAUUAAUUAAGGUUGCAGCAUAAAUAAGUUAAUGUUGAAACAAAGUAGUAGUAGAAGUAGCAGCAGCAGCAAAGCUAGCAUAGAACUAGUGCAAUAUUAUUUAUAGUAACAUGCAACAGUUUAUAGUUUCAACAAUUGAAGUUAAACUUCGUCAAUUGUUCUGCUUUGCCUCAUACAUUUUGAUCAUAAUGGGGACAAGUUGUUGCUUCUUAACUAAAGCACUGACUUCAUGCGUUGUUAUGCAGAUUUAAUUCGACAAAACUAUAGUAUUUGCAAAGAUCUUAAGUUUA